UUGUCAACCGUGCCUCGACUCCCACCACUCUUCGCGCGAACCACCCGCGGCCCGCUACUCUCUCAAAUCCGACAAAGCCGUCUCUACAUGCCUGUCUACGCCGUGAAGAAGGGCCGCCAGACCGGUCUGUUCGAUACCUGGGACCAGUGCGAGGCCCAAGUAAAGGGAUUUCAGGGAGCGAAAUUCAAGAAGUUUAACAGCAAUGCCGAGGCGCUCGCAUGGAUUGACGGAGAGACAACGACUACGACUUCGAACAUUACUGCUUCGACAUCAACGGCGUCUACUAGUAGUGGUGCCACCAAGCGCACCUCCUCUGAGCUACAGGCGACAUCAGAAACCACAUCUGCCCCCGCUACAGGGACCAAGCAAGUUGUCUAUAGCGAUGGCGCCUGCAAAAAUAACGGCAAACCUAACGCUUUAGGCGGCAUCGGUGUCUGGUGGGGCCCCAAUGACCCGCGAAACCUCUCUGAACGCUGCCCCGGAAAGCAAACCAACAAUCGCGCGGAACUGAUCGCCAUCCUCCGCGUCCUCGAGGAAACGCCGCUCAGCACAGAGCCGCUCUACAUCAAGACGGACUCGCGGUACUCCAUCAGCUCUUUGACCGAGUGGUACCCCGGGUGGAUAAGGAACGGGUGGCGGACAUCUGCCGGCCCCGUCCUAAACAAAGAGUUGAUCCAAUACGUUCUGGCCCAUCUCGACAACCGCAAGACACGUGGCCAGGAAAUCGUCCUCCAAUACGUCAAGGGGCAUAGCGGGAAUCCCGGGAACGAUGCGGCCGAUGCAUUGGCUGUCGCCGGAACUUUCCUCCCCCAAACGCCCGAGCGCGACUGGGUCAAGCUCAAGGCUGAGCUGGAGCGGAGCCAACAACAGGAAGUGAGGACACAGAGCCCACCUAAGAUUCGCAAAGUCGCAUCUCCAACCCAGUCGCCUUCGAAGUCUGCUGCUCCUUCAACUUCACAGGGAUCGCGGACACGGAGCCCGCCAAAGAUUCGCGCAGCAGCGGCCCGCGGUCCGCCCCAGUCACCUUCUAAACCCGGCGUUGUCGUUGCCCCUCCAACUUCACAGGAAUUGAACGACUACGCUGCUGGUCUUUUAGACGACCCAGCUGCAGAUCUGAGCUUUUAA